AUCAACUUCUAGGGUUCCGUAUCAGUGUUUCUUCCCCAAACUCGCAAGGAUUGAAGCUCAACUUGCCGUCGAUAAACCAUGAGCGCCGUCAACUUGAAAGACGUCACCGUAUUGAGCAAUCCCGCUCCAUUCGUCGAUCCUUUCCAAUUCGAGAUUUCAUACGAAUGCUCCACUCCCCUCGAAGACGAUCUAGAGUGGAAGCUCAUCUAUGUUGGAUCAGCUGAGGAUGAAACAUACGACCAAGUCCUGGAAAGCGUGCUUGUCGGGCCUGUUAACGUUGGUAAUUACCGUUUCGUGUUCCAAGCUGACCCACCGGACCCAUCCAAAAUUCAAGAGGAAGAUAUUAUUGGAGUCACUGUGCUGCUCUUGACUUGCUCCUAUCAGGGCCAAGAAUUUAUCCGAGUAGGAUACUAUGUGAACAAUGACUAUGAGGCCGAGCAGCUAAAAGCAGAGCCGCCUCAAAAGGUUCUACUCGAUAAGGUCCAACGAAACAUCUUGGCUGAUAAACCUAGAGUUACGAAAUUCCCACUCAAUUUCUGUCCAGAAAAGAAUGAAGAUGAAGAACAGCAGCCGGAGUUUGUUGCAGAAGCUAGCAAGAAGGGAGAUGAGCUUCUUCCCAACCAGUCUUCCGUCGAGUGUUCCUAAAGCAUGACGCUGUUUGCAAGGAACGCGUAUAUGUAUGAGCAUUCGUGUUUUUCCAUAGGAGCGCCUUGUUUAUUAGCCUGUUGCAAGAACAUGCUUUACUUUUUACAAGUGAAUUGAUUUAAUUUGUUUCAACUUUCAACAACUUAUCCAUAGUGAUAGAUCUUGCAGUUUUUA